AGGUUGGAGCCGCUGCCGUCGCCAUGACCCGCGGUAACCAACCAGAGCUCGCCCACCAGAAGAACAUGAAGAAGCAGAGCGACUCGGUUAAGGGAAAGCGCCGAGAUGAUGGGCUUUCUGCUGCCGCCCACAAGCAGAGGGACUCGGAGAUCAUGCAGCAGAAGCAGAAAAAGGCAAACGAGAAGAAGGAGGAACACAAGUAGCUUUGCGACUUCGUGUCCAAUCCUCUUGCCCUACACCUG